AUGCUGUCCGCUAGCCGAAAGGGACCGGCGUUUAAGCCCCAACUGCGGGUAUGCUACCUCUGUGGACAGCAAUUUGGUAGUGCAUCUAUUGGUAUUCAUAUACCCCAGUGCUACACCAAGAAGGUGGCACAAUGGGAGGUGUCUGACCCAGCAACACGAGGCAGAAAGCCGAAACACCCCGAUACUGUCAACUGGAAAGGGGAGGGAAUCAGCCAAGAGAAGUUAAACGACGACCAAUUUCAUGAGUUUACUGCCAAUUUAGUACCUUGUCGUGAGUGUGGCAGAAAAUUCCUUCCAGAUCGUCUCGUCGUCCAUCUUCGCAGCUGCAAAGGCGGCGGCGGUGGAGGUGGGGGGCGCGGCGCGUCGAGAGGAGGUGCAAGUGGCGGUGGCGGUGGCGGUGGCGGUGGCGGCGGAUAUAACGGUACUAUGGGUUCCAGUCAGUCCUCUGUUCAGAAAAGUACAUCGUCAGCAGCGACAAUAAGUCCACGGUCCACAAAGAGGAGUGCGAGUCGGUCGUCUAUACGUUCGCCCGGAUACAAGCCACAGCUACCCAUCUGCUAUCUUUGCGGACAGCAGUUUGGCAGCACCUCGAUAGGAAUUCAUGUGCCUCAGUGCUAUACCAAAAAAUUAGCUCAAUGGGAGGCCGCCGAUGUGAAUACACGGGGCAAGCCACCAAAGCACCCCGACUCCGUCAAUUGGAAGGGCGAAGGUGGGGGCAUCGAAGAACAUAAUGACGCGCAAUUUGCUGAGUUUGUGAGUAAUUUGGAACCUUGUCCCAAUUGUGGGCGGAAAUUCCUUGCCGAUCGUCUCGUCGUUCAUCUUCGGUCGUGCAAGCCCGGCUCCACGGCAAAGCCGCCGCCGCUGUCGUCGGCGUCGUCAACGCCGCGCGCCUCUGAACCACGUGUUUCUACUGUGCGCUCUAGUAUGGGGAGUACGGGCGCUGGCGCCACGAAUAGCGGGGAUAGGAGUAUGAGCACUACCAAAAGCAGCGCACUUGGUGGGUCCGGAACCGCCAAGGACGUACCGAAACUCAACCCGAAGACGAAACGUCUGCCGAAGGAUGGGAAGGUUGACCCUGAAGGGCGCACGUGUCCCCGGUGUAACGCUGUGGAAUAUGAUGCGUCCGCAAAGUACUGUAGAGAUUGUGGGACAAGCCUCGUUUCGAAGAGCCUUUCCAACCCGUGCGGGAAGUGCGGGGAACAGAUCCCGGAGGGAUCGAGAUUUUGUGGUACGUGCGGCGUGCCGAUCAACGGUGCGGCGGCUGACGAGCGGACGGCAGGAGUAGAGAACGUAAACGCCCCCUCCGUUCGUGUCGUGAUGUGUCCAGCAUGUAAAGCAAUCUGCGACGCUGACGGUAACUUCUGCGACAACUGUGGUGCAGCCCUUGGAGACGCUGAGCCUGCGGCAACAGCAGUGGCAACGAAGGAGGUCAUGAUGUGCAGAAACUGCUGUGAGUCUGUCGAGGAGCUAUCGGCAAAGUUCUGCGAGGAAUGCGGUGGGGUCCUCGAGAGGGUAACAGUCGACAAGCUUGACGGUCAUCCACACGAAAAGCCGUCCACGUUGCCGCCAGAUGGGGUCAAGGCGCACGCCUCUCCGAAGAUAACCACGACGACUUCGCCAAAAGCGCAUCCUCCAGCUGCUGUUGCUACUCCUACUGCUCCUAAUGCUGCUGUCGCUGCUGCGUCAUCGUCGCCAUCCUCGACAGUGGCGAAGAAACAACGCCCAAGAAGACAAGAAGGAGAAAAGGAAACAGAAGGAGACGUUGAUGAUGCUACUGGAUAUACUCCCCAGACAUCGAAAGGCGUAGCCAGAGGGAACUCUCUCUCGUCCCAGAGACGUACACCGCAACAACAUAUUACCGAAGAAGGGCGCGAAUAUGAUGAUGAAGCCGUUGAUAUUGGAGACCGCAUCGAGUGUGGCAAAUGUGGAAGAAAGUUCACUGUUGAGGCAUUACAGCGACAUGAACGUGUUUGUGCUGCACAAAAGCAACGAAAAGUUUUUAACAUGCGAGCGAGGCGUCUCUCAGGUACAGGAGCGGAGCGCACAGCAAGGACAAGUAAUAGCCCCCGUCCGGUGCCAUCUAUUCCAAAGAAAGACUGGCGAGCAGAAAGUGAGGCGUUUCGACGUGCGAUGCGAGAGGCUCGUCAGGUUGACAAGGUGCUCAAGUCUGGUGGCAAUGCAAGAGAUCUCCCUCCGCCAACAUAUAGUGAGAACAGCCAUUAUACACCUUGUCCGCACUGUGGUAGGAAAUUUGCCCCGGAUGUGGCGGAGCGGCACAUUCCUCGAUGUGCAACAACUGUCAACAAGCCCAAGCCUCCCCCAAGGAGGCGCUAA